AUGGCGGUGCUUUUCCCAAGUGAAGGGUAUGUUGCCUCCGUGGAGCUUAUUUGCGCAGAACACCUGCAGCGCACUCUUCUUGCAUGCGAUGAGGCAACGGCAUUUCAGCGCAUCGUGGUUCAGGCGGUUGUGCUCCAUGUAGGCCAUUGGGGCUUUGAGCAGCACCACGCGUUGGGUGGUGAAGGGCAUCGUGGGUUUCCGUUACAAACUAUCAUAUCGAAACGGGACGGAUGGAGGGUUUCGAGGAGGACACAAAAAAUAGACCCUGUGCUGGAGCGGCGGGAAGAAUUCAUGCAAAAUGAGGGAACUCUGCUACGCAGGAUGGCGGCGGCAUCUAGAGGCAUCCGCCAACGCGGCGCAGCAUUGUACGCCUUUGGUGGAUCUUCUUAUUGA